AUGACUCAUACUUGGUUCUAUAACUCCCAUUCCUUUAAUAUCUCUAUCUUCGCAAAGGUUUUAGAAGCCCAAGAAGCAGAUUGUUGUAACAGCAGUUGAGGUUGUUUUUGUUAGUUGUAGGUUAUUGCGAUUUCUCCCCCGUCUCAUUCGUUUUCUCAAACACAUCCUCUGCACUGUAUUUUCGCCCUAUCUCUAUAUUUCGGGUCACAUCCCAUAUAUUGGAAAUGGCACAGUUACCACCCAAAAUACCGAGCAUCCCACAAAAUUGGCCUUCUUUUGCUCAUCACAAGAUGUCAGCCAUGGCUAAUUUCGAUCCUACUAACACUACUCAACAACAACAAUAUCAUCAUCAGCAACAGCAGCAGCAGCAAAAUUCUUCACCACCAUUAUCACAACAGUUACCUUCCUGGGUCGACGAGUUCCUCGACUUUUCGUCAGCGCGGCGUGGUGCUCAUCGGCGGUCGGCGAGCGACUCCAUCGCGUUCCUCGAGGAAUGCCGGAGCUCCGGCACUGUCGCGGGAGCCCAUGGGUUCGACAGGUUGGACGAGGAGCAGCUUAUGUCGCUGUUCUCCGACGACAUUGCCUCCAGUGGCUUCCCUCCGGCGCUGUCUAAUCCUUCCACGCCGUCCGAUCAAAAUAGCAACAAUGAUGAGAAGCCAAUGGUAUUAGACGAAUUGGUCCCAGUUAAAGAGAACCAGAAGCAGCCGCCGCCAAAGAACAGCGAGCAAGGGGAAGUGGAGAGCUCAUGCAAAAACGAAACAGCAUCGCCACCGUCGUCUGUUGCCCCCAGCAGCGUCGAAACUACCGCCGAUCCCAAAAGGGUCAAAAGAAUAUUGGCGAACAGACAAUCAGCUCAGAGGUCAAGGGUGAGGAAGCUGCAAUACAUUUCUGAUCUGGAGAAGAGCGUGACGACGUUGCAGACGGAGGUAUCAGCGUUGUCGCCACGUGUAGCGUUCUUGGACCACCAGCGUUUGGUUCUCAACGUGAAUAACAGUGCCUUGAAGCAACGCAUUGCUGCCUUGGCCCAAGACAAGAUUUUCAAAGAUGCACAUCAAGAAGCAUUGAAGAAGGAAAUAGAGAGACUGAGGCAAGUUUAUGAGCAACAGAAGCUGCUGAAGAGAGGCAACUCAGUGAACAACAACAACAAUAUGAAUGGCAAUUCAUUGCCUUUUGCUUCUGUUGAGAAGGAACAGCUUCUCAGUUGACACCGCAUUUGCCUAAUUUCUCCUAAUUAACUCCAACUUACAUGCUGCCAUUUUUAUUGCAACUUUCAUUCUGUGUGUUCAUUCAUGUUACCCCCUUUAUUUUUUUCCCUCUGGGUGGGACAGGGAGACCAAAAAUUAUGGAUUUAUGUUUGGAUGCAUGAAAGAUGUCAGAGAGAAUUCAUGUU